AUGGCACCAAGAACCAACGCCAUCACCACCGCCAUCACCGACGCUCCUCAGCCAGCACUCACGGUCCCCAAUCCCACAUCCACCGUCAACAUCAACAUGACGAACAUCAUCAAUUCUCCCGUCCAAUUCUCCGCAAGCUGGUCCAACAUCUUUCUCGGUGUGGGCGGCAUCGUCGGACUCAUCAUCUUCAUCUGCUGGUUUAUCAGCCAAAAAGCGUGGAACCACGGGUGGUGGCCCAAGGGUCUCAAAGACAAGCUUUUGGACACAGCUGUGGAACUGUUGCGAGUAAUGGAGAGGAUGGAGAACGGCAUCGACACCAUCGUUACUGCGCAGCAAUACCAUUUCGAUUGCCAAGAAAGCCAGAUGGAUCGCUUGCUUCAGCUGCGCGGGGCUAAGGAUCGGCGGUGCUUACAUCGGGACGAGGAGCCUUGUGGGCCGAGAUGCUCAUCGUCGUCGUCGGCGACGGCGUGGGGCGAGGGUUGGGGAAUGGGUCAGGGUUCUGACAGCUUUCAAAUCUCCAUCCUCGUCCGUCGUCCCAAUUCCCAAACCAUGGCUUCAAACACCACCACGAACCCCACCAACCCCGGUCAAACGAUUAACAUGGAUGUGCAAGUCCGGGACCCCGACCUAAACCCAUACGCACAGCAGAUCUAUAUUGCCAUCACAGUAAUUGGCUGGUUCAUCGUCUACUUCCUCUACGCCAUCUAG